GUGGACGAAGACAACAAACUGUACAGCAGUGCCGCAGCGCCUUACCUGACAGCUUCUGGCAUGCUCGACAAGGCCCGCUCCAUCGGCAACACCACCUCCCAGGCCUCUGCGGCUGCCUUCCUCCGGAGCUGGCGCACACAAGGCUCACCCUUU